AUGGUAGAAAUGAACAAGACAUUUGUAAAUGAGUUUAUUCUUUUGGCAUUUUCUGAUUUGCAUCAAUUACAGCACCUAUUAUUCAUUGUUUUUUUAUUCACCUAUGUUACAUGUAUUGUGGGUAACAUCUCCAUCGUUGCUCUUGUUACCAUUAGUUCUUCACUUCAUACUCCUAUGUACUUCUUUAUUAGCAUAUUCUCUGUUGCUGAAGUUAUGUUUGUAUCAGUCACUGUUCCAAAACUAUUAGCUAAUCUAGUAGCUGCAAACAAUAUGAUUUCUUUCAGUGGAUGCUUUACCCAAAUGUAUGUUUUUAAUUCUUUGGGUGUGACUGAAUGCUAUCUUCUUGCUGUAAUGGUCUUUGAUCGACAUCUAGCUAUCAACAAUCCUUUACGUUAUUCAACCUUAAUGACCCAUGUUUCUUGUACUGGGUUAGCCAUUUUUCCAUGGAUUAUUGGAUUUGGUAUUGUUUUAAUCCCCACCAUCUUCACAGCACAUUUGGAAUUCUGUGGUCCUAAUGUAAUUGACCACUUUUUUUGUGACUUGGCUCCUCUGCAAAAGUUGGCAUGUUCAGAUCCCUUCAUCAGUAGUGUGUCUACAAGUGCUGCAGCUGUAUUUGAUGUUGUUGUACCCUUUCUUUUAAUCAUAGGAUUAUACAGCCAUAUCAUCACAACUAUUUCCAAGAUUCGGAGUGAUGAGGGCAAACAAAAAGCUUUUUCUACUUGCACAUCUCACCUAAUUGUAGCUAGCCUCUUUUUUGGAACAGCCAUCAUUGUGUAUGUCAAACCAAAAGGAACAAAUUAUGAUAAAUACCUUGCAUUCAUGUACACGGCAUUCACACCUAUGAUUAACCCUUUCAUAUAUACCUUACGAAACAGAGAUGUAAAGAAAGUCUUCAAAAAACAUCUUCUUAAAGCUGUAUUGUAG